CGGAGGGAGGGAUGGAAAGUCCCUCCAGAGUCAGUUUUCCAAAAUUCUAGGGUACCUGUGAGUAUGUUUUGAAAACUAAGGGUACCUAGUAGUUCUUAUCCCAAAAUAUAGGGUACCCAUGAGUGAUUUUCUGUUUUUUCGUGGCUCGAUUUCAAAAAUUUAAUAAAAGAAGAAGGCGAAGAACUAAGGAACUAAAACGGUGCCCUAGAUUUUCAGGGUAUUAAACGGAAAGCCAGUCUUAGAAGGUAUAAAUGGGUGUAUAAGGUUUGUGGCGGCACCCGGUCAUGAAGUUCACGGAGAGCCCAUCAAGCCACCCAACGUUUAUUCGAGUGAUGGCCCAAAAUGUGGCUACCGUGGGCCCAAUGUCGAUCCACAACAUAAUUCAAACUGGAGGAAGAUUGCUGGUCCUUUCAUCUCGGUCUGGCUCCACAAUGUACCCUGGGGUGCCGAACGUACUAUGGCUUCACCUAAUGCCAAUUUUUCAGACGGCUGUUUGGACUUGGUUCUGAUUAAGGAUUGCCUGAAGUUAGCGCUGCUAUCGUUGUUGUCUGAAUUAAAUAAUGGAGGCCAUGUCAAAUCCCCACACAUGUUGUACAUCAAGGUGAAGGCAUUUGUUUUGGAGCCCGGUUCAAUAGCGGAGGAUCCAUCCAAGGAAGGGAUCAUUGACGUGGACGGUGAGGUCAUUACUAGAGGUAGAAGAACUUACAAAUGGGAGGGGAAAACCUUAAUGGCUUAUGACAGGCUUCAUAUUGGUGUAGACCAAGGGCUGGCUACUAUCUUUUCUCCUAUUUAGGGUCAUUUUUUUGUUAGUGGGUUUUAUUUUAUUUCCUUUCAAAAAUGUGUGUUUUGAACUUAUGUGAAUCAUCCCUCUUAUACCCAAAAAGAAUGCAUACAAAUGGAUAUCAUAGUCUACUAUGCAAAAACCUUACUUGAAUAGGAUGUGAAGGACUAUAAUCCAAAGAAUUAUGAGACAAUAUUUGAGUAGUAAAUCAUUCUCCCUCCCCACUUGAAAUAAUUUUCUCAUUUUGGA